UUACUGCACGUGGAGUCGCUUGUUUCGAUUCUGUGAGGUGUCGGCUGGUAGUCCACGACGGAUGCGAAGACAUCGACUCCUUUGCCUUCGCAGCAAUACAUGAGUGCACUCUACUACACGCGUGAAGCAAAAAAAAAGGGCGUAAAUCAUGCCGCCAAAAGUAAAAAACACCAAGUGCGACUUUUUGCAGUGUGAUGCCUGUGGUGUGAUCGUAACUUCCAAAGAUAGUGCCUUGCACGAGCGUGUCUGCUCAAGAUGCAAAUUUGAGGGCGAAAAUUUAGAACACGACUUCAUUCACGACGGCGUUCUGCAUGGUACUCUUCAAGAUUAUUCAGGUGACGAGACAUUGACAGUGCCUGAGUGGAUGAAGUCUCAGCUGUUGUAUCUCCACCCGUCGUGCAUGAAGAUGUGUAGCACGGGAAUCAAGGACGUCGUGGAAGUCUCGCAGGGGGGUCAGACACAUCUGCUCAUUGUGUGGCCAUCAACCAAUGUUGGUCUGACUUGUGUGGCUAUGUCCAAGCGCUACAGAACAAGCAAGUCCAAAGCAGUUACCGUAAAGAGGCACUGCAGCUCUGUCGUAGCUGCCAGCAGCGUUACAGUGAUCUCGACUGGGGACGCAGUCAAGGAAAGUGAUGCGAGCCUUCAGAAAUGUCUUUUGCAACAAAACAUGGGAAUGUUCACGAAGCCUGGAUCUUCACUGCAGUGCUGCUUUUACGGCCAAAUAGUGAACUUUGAAGUGAUCGAAACUCAAGGGGAAGAUGGCUCGUUGUUGAAUAGUACAUCCCGACCCCUUUCGUCUGAUAUUGAUGAGAGCUUAGACGAGAGCAUGAGAAGACUUGCGAUACAUGAAGAGUUAAGCGGCGACCAUAGCUUUAAGGCAACGUCUAUGUCUCCUCGUUCGAGAACUCCUAAGAGGAAUGCUUCAUGGUCAGUUCACAGUCCUCUCGCCUUCAGCACGCCGAAGUCACUAUUGCACCGUCAGUGUGAAAGUGAGAAAGUGGCAUUUCAUAGAAUCAGGUCUAGUACAGAAAUCAUCAUUAAGUCUGCGGCUGAAAAGGACAGUGAAAGGCCUACAUCUGCCAGCUACGAUCUCAUUGGAGGUCUCGAUAAGGAGAUACAACAACUUCGAGAACUUUUUGAAGUGCCCAUCAAGCAUCCUGGGACAUUUACUCGAUUCGGAUUGAAGCCACCGAGAGGAGCACUUCUUUUUGGCCCUCCGGGCACCGGGAAAACUAUGCUGGCACGAGCUGUUGCAGCAGAGUCAGAAGCUGCACUCGUUGUGAUAGACGGUCCCCAGAUAUUUAGCAAAUACUAUGGAGAAACUGAGGCCACGUUAAGAAGUUUAUUCAAGGAUGCUGCCGAGAGAGCACCAAGCAUUGUGUUCAUCGAUGAGAUUGAUGCUCUUUGUCCCAAACGGGAAUCUGGUACCUCCAAUCAAGAGGCAAGGGCGGUGGCCACACUGGUGUCUCUCAUCGAUUCAUUGCCGCUCGUCGAAGACAAGUGGGUUUUAGUGCUGGGUGCCACGAACAGACCCAACUUUGUUGACCCAUCCCUGCGACAGCCGGGCCGACUUGACCGUGAAAUUGAGAUCGGUGUGCCCACAGCACACGGACGGCAGCAGAUUCUUCAGAAAAUACUGAGUAAUGUCAAUCACUCACUAAGCAACGAAGACAUCACAGAAAUAGCCGAUGUUGCCCAUGGUCUUACAGGAGCGGAUUUAGCAGCUGUUUGUGCUGAUGCUGCCCUGCGUUCUCUGGAAAGAAACAUUGCAAGUAAGAAUGCUUCUGACGCCGCCUUGUCCAAAGUUGUGCAGUUGACAAAAGCCGAUAUGGCUACUGCACUGCGUCAUACCAAGCCAAGUGCAAUGCGUGAAGUUGCCUUGGAAAUUCCGAAGGUGCGCUGGAGCGAUAUCGGAGGAAUGAAGGAGGUGAAGCUGAAAUUGCAGCAAGUCGUCGAAUGGCCGUGGAAACACAGGGAUGCCUUUAUCCGCCUUGGAGUGACACCUCCAUGUGGAGUGCUACUCUACGGUCCACCUGGCUGUUCAAAAACUAUGAUAGCCAAAGCACUGGCCACAGAGAGUGGCCUCAACUUCAUUGCAAUUAAGGGACCAGAACUGUUCAGCAAGUGGGUUGGUGACUCUGAGAGGGCUGUUCGAGAUCUCUUCCGCAAGGCGAGAGCAGCAUCGCCCUGCAUCAUAUUUUUUGAUGAGAUAGAUGCCCUGGCGGUGCACAGAGGAAGCACAAGUGGCAGCAGCAACGUGGGAGACCGUGUCAUUGCCCAGCUGCUCACAGAAAUGGAUGGAAUCGAGAAACUGGAAGAUGUCAUCUUGGUAGCAGCUACAAAUCGUCCAGACAUGAUUGACCAGGCCCUUAUGCGACCUGGGAGAUUGGACAGUAUUGUGUAUGUGCCACUGCCUGACUUUGACACAAGAAAGGAAAUUCUGCACUUGAACCUUUCGAAAAAGCCUUUGGGAGAUGAUGUGGACAUUGAAGCCCUCACAAGUAAAACCAGUGGCUACUCUGGAGCAGAGGUGGUGGCCGUCUGCCAAGAAGCGGCGCUGCUCGCCCUCGAGGAAGACAUCGAUGCCACAUGCAUCGAGGGUCGGCACUUGGAAGCGGCACUGAAGCUCAUCCAGCCGCGUAUCUCGCCAGAGUCGGUGCAAUUCUACGAGUCCUACUGGGCGUCUUCUCAGAACAGGCACGCAUCAAGAGAGUCACGAGUGCCGUGCUCAUCUCUUCGCCUCGGAGGAAGGGAAACCACUGGCAAGUUUCUCUAGCAGGUCUGGUUCUCGGGCACAACUCUCAGUCAGCACUUGCGGUCCACUGCCGGUCAUGAGUACAUCAUCUUCUAUGCGCAUGCCCAUUCCACGAAAUUUCUUGGCGACUUUAGUGUUGCUCUCUGGUAUGUAGAUACCUGAAAAAACAAAAGGAUAUAUUGUGAAAAGAAGUUUGGUCACAGGGGUGCAACAUUUAGUAUGUACAUUAUCUGUAAUGUAGAGCAAAAAGUCGCCAGUAUGCCUAAACUUCUCGCAUUAUUGGAGGCCUACAAUGGCCUUAAAGCACAAUUCAGCAUGGGCUGUUAAGCCUUACAUGCACUCACGAAGACGUGUGUGGAAGCAAAAAUAAAGCAAAUGAGGUCUUCAUGCAUU